GGGAGUCAAACGCUAAGUGCCGUUAAACUUCCCUACCGGACAGAUUUGGCAGGGUAUCUCUAUGACUGGUAGCGGUCUUCAUGUUUUAUGAGUUAGCGAUCUGAAACAAUGGGUGACUGGAACUUUCUGGGCAGACUAUUAGAGAACGCACAGGAACACUCCACAGUUAUUGGCAAAGUUUGGCUGACAGUACUGUUUAUCUUCAGGAUCUUGGUUCUGGGGGCCGCUGCUGAGGAGGUCUGGGGAGAUGAGCAAUCGGACUUUACCUGCAACACCCAGCAACCUGGCUGUGAAAACGUCUGCUAUGAUGAAGCCUUCCCCAUUUCUCAUAUCCGCUUCUGGGUGCUGCAGAUCAUCUUUGUCUCUAUCCCAACUCUCACCUACCUGGCCUAUGUGCUCCACCUUGUGCGCAUGGAGGAAAAAAAGAAAGAGAAGGAAGAACAGAUAAAUAAAGCCGAGAGCCACCUACAAAGAUCAGAAGCGAAUGGUGGUGGCAGCAGCAGCAGCAACAAAGAGGCACCAAUACAGAAAGAGGAGAAGCUACCACUCCGCGAUGAACAUGGCAGAGUUCGCAUGGCAGGGGGUGUGCUGAAAAUUUAUGUUGCUAGCAUUAUUUUCAAAACGUUGUUUGAAAUAGCCUUCAUUGUGAUCCAGUACUUUCUUUAUGGCUUUCAUCUGAAGCCACUCUACCAGUGUGACCGCUGGCCCUGCCCAAACACCGUGGAUUGCUUUAUUUCACGGCCCACAGAGAAGACGGUCUUCAUCCUCUUCAUGCUGACAGUGGCCUUUCUCUCUCUGCUGCUCAACAUGUUUGAGAUGUGCCACUUGAUACGGAAAACACUCAAGCGUGACAUGACUAGCAGACGUCGCCAUGAAGCACCUGUCAUCACUACCACCAUUGAACCAGCCUUAGAAAUAGAGGACUCCAAACCCAUUUCCGAGUCCGCCUUGCCACCAGCCACAGCACCGCCUGAUGCUUCCAUCACCGUGCCUGAAACCCGUGCUAUAACUCCACUGCUUUUCCAGCAAACUAGGUUGCCACAUUAUGCUGAGGUUACCUCUAGGCCACGACCAGCCUCUGUCUCAACCUCUCUAGCUGGCUAUCCUGGAGGACUGCCCACCAAUGAGGAGAGGCAUAAAGCCAUCAGGCACACUGCAGUCUCCACCCCUAUAGCAACGACAUCUUCUAUCCCUUCGCCAUCACCUGUCAUCAAUUCCUACUUCAACAGCUGCAGCCAUGCACUGGCUGAUGAGCAGAACUGGGCUAAUUUGGCAGUAGAGCGGCAGAAGAAGCUUCCAGCCUCCAGCUCAGCUGCCUCCUCUACUCCCAGUAGCUUCCGACAAUCGCACCCAGAACAAGAGGAACCCAGUGAGCAUCCCCCGCCUCCACCUUCUUUGUCCCCUGUAGCUGCCGCCAAUAGCAGCAGCCUGAGCACUAGCCUGAGCGGAGGAAGUGGCAGUAAGUGGGAUGGAGAAGGUGAAGAGGAGGAACGGCCCAUGUCAGCCACCUGUACCCUGGUGGAGAUGCAUGACCCACCGCUGCUCAUUGACACACGCUGCUUGAGCAGAGCUAGUAAGUCAAGCAGCAGUAGAGCCAGGUCCGAUGAUUUGACCGUGUAG